CGUACGCCGGUGCGCGUGAAAAGCAGCUCUCAGGCAGGCGGGGCCAGCUAGUUCUGCUACAGUACUAGAAGAGCUAGCAGCUCAAGUCACCCCUGGGACUCAACCAUCCCGCGUCCACAGUCGUCGGAUCGUCGCAUCGGGCGAUCCCAAUUCCAAACCUCUGGGACCCCGGUCCCUCCCAAGGCAGCAGCCUGCAACACAGCUUGCCCGCUGCGCCCGGCCUUUAAUUUAAUAAAAGGCGCAAAGCGAACGGGGCAGCCGCUCCUCCGCACCACCGUACCCCGGAGCCGGAACAGGUCGCCGCCCGUGAGUUCCCGCUUCCCUUCGCUUCCGCCGUUCCGCGUCCGAAUUUCGCAGGGCAUUGCUGCGGCGACCCUAAGCAAGCGCGCUCCCAACCCUGCUGCUCCGCCUCCGCGCAGGAACCCGGCGCUGGACCGACGGGGAGAGGCGCUCCAUCCACCCCGGGAGCAACGACGGCGGCGUGAGCAGGCGGGUAUAUGACUGUGAUCAAGGCAGGUGGAGCGGCGGAGCCGCGCGGAGGCGGCGGCGCGUACGACGCGAGGCGGCGGCAGUCGCUGCGGGCGCGGUACGCGUACGGGUUCGUCUUCUUCGCCACCAACCUGCUGGCCUGGUUCGUCAGGGACUACGGGGCCAGGGCGCUCCGCGGCCUGCAUCAUGUGCCGGUCUGCGGAGCAGGGGACUCCAAGUGCUUCCAGUCCGGAGGAGUGCUUCGGGUCAGCUUGGGCUGCUUCAUAUUUUUCUGGGUGAUGUUUGCAACAACAUUUGGAACUCGCAAGCUCCAUGAAGCUCGUAAUUCGUGGCAUUCUGGAUGCUGGAUUCUGAAGUCUCUUGUGUAUGCCAUGUCGAUCGGCAUCCCAUUUAUCAUCCCUAACAUCUUCAUCCAACUUUAUGGUGAAAUCGCUCGACUGGGUGCCGGGAUAUUUCUCCUCCUCCAGCUCAUAAGCAUGCUCCACUUCAUAUCAUGGUGCAAUAAACGGUGGAUGCCAGAUCCUGGAUCAAAUCAAUGUGGGUUGUUUGGGUUAUUCUUGUCAACCAUCUCCUACAUUGCUUCCUUUGCUGGAAUUGGCGUGCUGUAUGUUCUGUAUGUCCCCAACUCCUCUUGUGCAUUCAACAUCUUCACUAUUACAUGGACAGCAAUCUUGGUGACUGUAAUGAUGACAGUAUCACUGCACUCCAAGGUUAACGAGGGUCUUCUCUCUUCUGGGAUCAUGAGUUCCUAUAUUGUCUUCCUUUGUUGGUCUGCACUCCACAGUGAGCCACAAACCGGGAAGUGCCACUCUCAUAUGAAAAUUUCCAGGGAUGGUGAUUCAGCUACUAUCGUUAGCUUCAUUAUCGCAAUUUGUUCCAUUGUAAUGGCCACGUUUUCUACUGGAAUCGACACCAAAUCCUUCCAAUUUCGGAAUGAUGAAGUACAAUUGGAAGAGGACACCCCCUACAGCUAUGAGAUUUUCCACAUUGUGUUUGCAAUGGGAGCUAUGUAUUUUGCAAUGCUGUUCAUUAGCUGGGAGCUUAAUCAUCCAACACGAAAGUGGAGCAUAGAUGUUGGGUGGGCUAGUACAUGGGUGAAGAUCAUCAACGAGUGGUUCGCGGCUAGCAUAUACAUCUGGAGGUUGAUCUCCCCAGCCGUAUUGAGGAACCAACUUGUCAAUGAAGAGUUCAUGCCACAUAGACCUACAAUAUAGUCUUGAUGACAGAGAACACGAUUUCUGUAACCCACUGAUUCUUUCCUGCUGAUAUAUCCUGCUACAAGGUCGUUAUAUGCUUUAUUCUUUACACUUGUAUACAUCGAAACCACACGAAAAAAAAUGGAAAUUCAUGUCUGAACGUCAA